AACUAUUUCUUCUGAAAUAUUACCUAUAUCAACAAUCUUACCUGAAAAUUCUAAUCAGAUCAAAAGCGAGGUUUUCCAUUUGGAAUCUACUACUCUCCUCAAUAUACCAAUAAAAAAAAGAAGUUCCAAAUCUCAGUCUAAAUCUGUUCGUAUAUCUGAUCCAAUAUCUACUAAUAACUCUAAUAUAGUAGCAUCCACACUUAAUGAGACAGAAAAAAUAAAUAGUGAUGAUCUGGAUGUGUUAUAUGAAAAAGAAGCCAGAAGAGAUGAGAAAAAUAAAGCAAAUAUGACUCGUCUAUUAACUACUACUUAG